GGUUGUAGUAGCUUUAAGGACUCAUGGUUCAUACACGGUUUUCAUCCUCAUCUCCUCCUUCCCAAACAAAUACUCCAACUUCUAAAUCUAAUAUAAAAUAUGCAGUUACUUCUUCUAGUGAAGCAAGAGUGAAGAAAAGGCUCUAUAACAACAAACAUGAAGCUAGGAAAGCAAAAAGAACCAAAAAGAGCCAAUUAACUAUUGAAGAACCUUGUGAAUCCCCUCUUGAGGGUAUGGAUUUCCCAAUUCAUCCGAAUAAUCAAUGUUCUUCAAAAAUUUCUUAUACAAUCAAACAUUCACAGAUUCAAGCUAUCCUCCAAAAGCUUUUGCCGAAGCAAGUUAGUGAAUUUGAUAAUUCUUGUUUUGGUCAUUUCUUAACUCUGUCGGAGUUCACAAUGCAACAUCAACUUAUCCAUAGCCUAUUGCUCAGAGAGUUGCAACAGCUCGACAACCUUGAGAUUUAAGCUGAUAUAAAUGGAAUGAAGCCUCGUUUUGGGAUGAGGGAGUUUGCAUUGGUUACAGAUUUACGUUGUUUGGGAUCAAUAGAUAAGAUGAAAUAUGUUACGAAGGAUGAUGGUCUUUAUUCUACAUAUUUUAAGGACCAUUCGAAUAUCAAUAAAAAAUCUUAAGGAAUGCUUUGAUAGGGAACACUGACAAAAUGAUGAGAAUGCUUUGAAGAUUUCAUUAAUGCAUUUUUUGCACAAUUUCUUAUUUAGUUCUUCUGAUGCUAAUAUUGUCCCAAGAGAAGACUUCAAUAUUAUAGAUAGUGGUGAGUUUUAUGAAUUUUCUUGGGGUAAGGAAGUUUUCAAGGCCACUGUUGAAUCUUUGAAAAACAAAUUGUUGGAAAGAAAAGUAAAAAGAGAGCAACAAAGAUGAAAAGAGAAAAGACAAGCAUUAUUAUAGGUUUCUUGGGUUUCCAUAUGCCUUUCAAGUAUGGUUUUUUGAGUGUUGUCCAUACUUGAAUGGGAGAUAUUGUCGUCUCUCUCAUGGAUCAAUCUCACGCAUUAUCGAAUAGUCAAGCAAAAUUCAGCCUUCAUUCUCAGAGGUGACCGAGGUGUUAUCUUUGAAUGUUGCAGAAGUAUUUUUAUUUUUAAUAAUAUGGUUUUAAUGUUAUAUUAUAUAUAUUUGACUUUUUUUAUUUGCAGUUGAAAUUGAGGAAUAUAUAUCCUACUUCCGAGGAGAGAAAAAACUCACAAAUGAAGACUUUGUUUCCAAAAGAAAAGGAGGCUCUUGAGGUUGACAGUGAUGUUCCUAAAAAUGCUAGAGUUUCUCAUGGAAUUGCAACAACUAAUUAUAGAGUUCCUGCAUUAGGAGAUGAUGACUUUGUGGAGACUCAUCCUCGGUCUGUUGCUAGUGGUUCUUCACCUUCUUUGUUUGUUGUUAUCCCCAUUUCCUGUCGUGGGCCCGGGACGAUGGUCCAGGCCCAUGGUCUGGGCAUUCGGAUAUGGGCCCGGCCCAAGCCCGCUUGGUACAGGAGUAACCAAGGGCUACGACCCAAGUGUGACUCUUGACCCGGAUGGUGUUCGGGAUGGUGAUCCAGGAUAGUCGUCCAGGAGACGUAUGGACAGUUGGGAUUACAGUUGAAGUAUACGUAAAAACGAUCCCGAAGCCUGGUAAACGGUCCGGGCCUAUGGUAAACGAAGAGGGACAGAGGUAAACGAACCCGGAUCAGGUCCUUCCGGUUUGGCAAGGAAAAGCAUCCGUGACCCUGAAGCCGUCCCACGACGCGUGGGGAUUGUCCCCACUUUUCACCUACGGAAAAGGCCACCUCGGGAUUGCACGCCGCUGUUUCAGACCUGCGCUGCCAAGUACUCUGAUUGGCUUUGUCCCCUGAAUCUGCCUCGUAACUCGAAGUGCCCAGACCAAAAGCACCAUUUUGUCGGGCGAAAUUUAGUUCUUGGGCCGCCCUAUUGGGCCUUAAUUAUUCUUGGACCUAUGUAUUUUUGUCUUUCAUAUUGGGCUUCCGCCAGAGAAGCCAAGAGUAUCCACAUCUUUGAUGGGCCCGGGUCAUACCCGGCCCAGAUCCAGUGUUCUUAUGAGCUUAUAAAUACAGGCGUUAGAGCACUAAGAAAAGGAUCUCUCUUCGACUUGUAUACAGUUACUCUGUCAAAACAUAGAGAAAAACUCCAUUGUAAAAGACUUUCUAAGCUCUAAUACAACUAACUCGUGGACUAAGGCUC